UUUAUUGGCAUUGGAUUGCUGUUUAUUUGUGAAAUACUCUUUGCCCAAUUAAUGUGUUAUUCUGAGGUGAAAGACUGCUGUCAGGGCCUGAGGGGAUAUCAUUACUCAUGUACUGUAUGUAGAAAGGCUGGAUGGUGUUUACGAGAUCAAGUAGAUACGAGUCUACUCUUACGAGAUAUAAAAGCCAUUAAAUGUCUUCUCUCACCGGGCGUCCCCCUGAUCUCUGCAAUCUCUCACUCGUGAAGCUCAUUCGCCAUUUUUACCCGUACCGAUUCAUCGAUUUAGAUUCCCCCAAGCAGUUGGUUAGUUACGAUGACCGCAACUACUAUUUCGUAGCCCAUCUGGAAGAUGGAGACACGUCAGAGUUUGUGUUUAAGAUGUACAAUUGUUUGAACAAUCUCCCGGAGGUGGUGUGUGGAGUGUCUGCACUCAUGAGCCAUCUUCACAGCCGAGGGUUCCAGGGCACGAGUCAGGUGACCAACAGAGAUGGAGGUACCAUUUCCAUGGUUACUGGCCAGGAGCUGAGGAGAGUGGUGGGGGUUGACUGUGAUGUGAUGGAUGGUUACACUUACUGUAUUCGAGUGGUUAGGUUUGUGCCCGGUGAAACAAUGGACGCUAUCAGCAAGGAGUGCAUCACACCCACAUUGCUAUUUGAAGUUGGCCAGUUUCUUGGGAAAAUCGAUACCUCUCUGAAUGAUGGUUUUACCAACGAAGCAAUCUCCACUAGGGUACUGGCCAACUUUGACCAAAUGCACUUUCAGGACAUGUUCCCAGAGUUCAUUUCAAGUGUUGAAGAUCCAUAUAGAAAGAAAAUGGCUGAGCAAGUCUUUGUUGAAUUCACGACACAUGUUGCUCCACGAAUUCCGACCUUUAAGAGAGGUAUUCUGUACAAUGAUGCUCACACAACAAACAUUAUCGUGCAAGCAAGUAAAGAGCAGUACAAAUUUGCAGCCUUUAUUGAUUUCGACGACGCAGUGAACUCGUGUUACUUGUUUGAACUGGCUGUUUUAGUGACAGAUGUGAUUGCUGAAUUUUCUAACCCCCAAACUAACCCAUUUGAACUGGUUUCACCGCUUAUUUCAGGUUAUUCACAAGAGUUUGAGUUAAGCAAAGAAGAAAUGGGCUUUCUCUACUAUGCAGUGAUGGCUAGGUGUUGUCAGGUAGCGAUGGUUUCCGAGGUGCAGUACAAGAAUGAACCGUGGAACGAUUACCUAGUCUCAUCGAUAGAACCAAGAUGGAAGGUUAUCGAGUUGUUACUGAGCACUACCAAAGCUGAGGUGGACAGAAUAUGGAGUGGUGCCAUGGGAAAGAGUCUGAACCACUACCUUAGCUAGUCUGUUUAUACGACUUGUUUAUGUCUACCAUCUGUCAUUACAUUCAAUAUAGUUCAGCACAUUGUUGUUUUUAGUGACUUCGAUUCAUUACUACUGUGAAUAACCAAC